CUACGUAUACGUGUACAGCGUGUCCGAUACAGUGAAAAAAGAAACCGCGUCCCUCCUUCCUGUUCUUUCCUCUUGAAUUCCCGAAGCAUGACAAAGAGAGAAUCUCGUCCAAUUUGGUUUUUCUUUAUCUCCCUCGUGAAUUUAGAUCAUAGACGGUCCUUUGUGUCCCGAUAGUUGAAUCUAGACGGUCCAACAGGACCAGAUUGUUCUAUUCUCACCUUUAUGGAGUCCGUCAUCACUGUAGUAUAGGCGAGCAUGUUACCUCGUCUCUCCGUCUCCUUCAAGGGAUCCUUACAUUGUCCUUACUUCUCCUCGCGUCACCGACAUUCGAUAUAAUAUAGUCCACGUUCAAUCCUUUUCUUUUCCCCAAAUUUAUUCCUCACCGUCUCCUCGUGCGACCGACCGCCGUUAUCGCACGAUUGACCGAAUUGUUCUCUUUUUUUUUCUUCUCUUUUCUUUUUUCUUCUAUGUUUUUUUUUCUUCUAUGCGAAGACACAAGUUAGUUUGUAGGAUCAUUUGUACCAUCUGUAAUAAGUGCCAUUAAAAGUGGAAAAAAGGGAAAGAUAAAACUGGAAACAAAACAACCAAGCGUGUCUUUCAUUAACGAAUAACACAUGAAUUUUUUCCCUUAUCUUUCAGUGUGUAAAUAGAUGAAUGCACGAAUGACGUGCAUAACGAGCGUAACAUUCAAAGACACGAAAUAAAUUCGCGGAGUUGAUGCUACGAUCAAAGUUGCAGUAUCGUCAAAUGCAAAUGCACGCGCGCGAUUCAACUUUACAUUCUACCACGAGAUAUUGAAAUCGGUUAUCCUAUAAGUGUUAAAUUUUAUGUGCCAUAGAUACGGAAAAUCGCGGUCCCAUUUUCGUACCAUUUUCAACUCGCGACUGUAACUUUGACUGAAGUUAAACGACUCCUCGCGACUCUAUUUGCGUGAAUCCACGAGAGUAGAGUGUGCACCGUUGAAGCGGGCACCAUCGCUGCACGUACCUCCUUUGUCUGUGACUUCGAGCCUUUGCGUACGAAACUCGCAUCUUCGGCCCUUCGUCCCCCUCUCUCUUUCGCCAAGAAAGGGAACGAAGCGUGUACGAAAAAAAAAACAAAAAAAAAAAACGAGAAAGAUACAAAAGAUAAAGAAACACACGACACACCCCGCUCCCGCCAGCCCCGCCGAACACGAGCCAACCGGAGGCAACCAUUGAACGAUAUACCGUUGUCACUUUAUCACAUAGUAUGAGCUGCGUGAUAAAGAGAAAAUACCGAGUAUGAAAAUGGGAUGAACUUUCGCGGGGUUCGAACGCCAUUCUCGAGCCGCGGGCUAUCGCGAAGGCACCUGAGGGAGAGGGAUGUCCUCGCUGCGGAGGGUAUGUCUAUGCCGCCGAACAAAUGUUGGCCCGAGGAAGGGUUUACCAUAAAAUGUGCUUCAAGUGCAAAACGUGUCGUCGAAGUCUGGAUUCGACGCUUCAUUGCGAUGGUCCCGAUCGCGAGAUAUACUGUCGAGCAAUGGCACAGGGAAUGCUUUAAGUGUGCCAACUGCUUCAAAAGAUUAGAUUCCGUCAACUGCUGCGAAGGUCCUGAUAAGGACAUCUAUUGCAAAGUAUGCUACGGAAAGAGAUUCGGACCGAAGGGUUAUGGCUAUGGCCAGGGUGGCGGCGCCCUGCAGAGCGACUGCUAUGCCAAUGGCGAUGCGGCUCCCCGCACCACCGUGAUCGACACCGCAAAAAUCAAGGCCCCCCCGGGCAAGGGCUGCCCCCGUUGCGGUGGCGUCGUCUUCGCCGCCGAGCAGGUGCUCGCCAAGGGCCGCGAGUGGCACCGGAAGUGCUACAAGUGUCACGACUGCACCAAGACCCUGGACUCGAUCAUCGCAUGCGACGGCCCGGACCGGGACGUUUACUGCAAGACCUGUUACGGAAAGAAGUGGGGACCGCACGGAUACGGAUUCGCAUGUGGUUCGGGAUUCCUCCAGACCGACGGGCUCACGGAGGAAGAAAUUUCAGCCAAUCGACCUUACUACAAUCCUGAUACGACCUCGAUUAAGGCGCCAGCUGGGCAGGGUUGCCCCCGUUGCGGUGGCAUGGUGUUUGCUGCGGAACAACAGCUCGCCAAGGGCACCAUGUGGCACAAGAAGUGCUUCAAUUGUGCCGAGUGUCAUCGGCCUUUGGACUCUAUGCUGGCAUGCGAUGGUCCCGACAAAGAAAUUCACUGCCGCGCGUGCUACGGAAAGCUCUUCGGGCCCAAAGGUGUCGGAUUCGGCCACAAGCCGACUCUCGUCUCGACAAACGGAGAUCAUGCUCCCUCAUACAUCGAGUCCAAGCCCCAGGUCGGCCAGAAGCGAAACGACGGUCACGGCUGCUCGCGCUGCGGCUACCCGGUGUACGCCGCCGAGCAAAUGAUCUCGAAGAAUCGCGUGUGGCACAAGCGGUGCUUCAGUUGCGGUGCCUGCCAUCGUUCCCUCGAUUCGACGAAUCUCAAUGACGGCCCGGACGGGGACAUCUACUGCCGCGGCUGCUACGGCCGAAACUUUGGACCCAAGGGUGUAGGCUUCGGGAUGGGCGCGGGCACCCUCACGAUGGCCUAAUUGCCACCAGCACCCCUACACACCGUUCGAGGAGAACCCUCGCCGAUCCAGUCUUAAAUAUUAAUGUAAAUACAUCUAUAUAUAGAGGCGUCUCUGACUGUGUAUUUUCGAUGACAGACGAACGCGCUGCUCCGGAAAUUUCGAUUUCUCCUUUCCUAGCUUACGACGAUUCGAUGAUUUCGAUGACUGUGCUUUCAUUAUUGCGAACGCAAUCGUAGCGAAGGAUGGUGAUGUCUUGAGCCUAUGAGCCCAAGAUCGAACGUAAACGGAUAAGCCGCUGCAGAUUGUUGAUAAUAUCGCGAUAUAAUAUUGCACAUUGAUUAUAUCAUAAAUAAAUUAAAUAUUGAUUAAUAAUCUAUCUGUGAUAUAAAUCAAGGCAAAAGUUUGAAGGUGUCGUUUUAAUAACAAUACGAUUCCUACACACUUUUCUCUCUUCGAAAUAUAAUAAGCUUUGAAAUUAAAAAAAAUAAGAGAUAAGAUAUUUAUAAACUUAUAAAACAAAGAAUAUAUAUACAUUGAUUAUUGUAUAUUAGUAAUAUAAUUUUCUUCAAUUUAAUUUUAAAAUUUUGCUCAUUUGGUAAAAGAAGAGAUCGAGUGUUGCCAUUAUUGAAAUAACAUUAGCUGUGAUCGCGUUAUAUCAAUUUAUUCUAAAUUAUCGACAAUAUGUGUGCGGACUUAUCAAUUAGAUCCAUUCUCGCUUAAUCGUCACGAUGGCUUGCGGGUUGCUGUAAAGAUUUUACGAGAAAUCUGUAAAUUGCAAGAGCCAAAAUUGAAACGUCAAUAAUAUCGACAUGAUGUUCGACAACUGCUUUUCAUGCGAUUUUUACAGCAGCCUGCUCGAUCUCCGAUGACGACGCUAUAUGCAAACGACUAAUCUGAUGAUGAGCAAUUACGAAACUUUUGUUAUUUUCUUUUUCUCCUUUUCUUUUCUUAUUCUUGAUCAGGAAAUUGGAGAUUACGACUCGAGAAUCGAUCCGCGAGAUGUCUGAAAAAAGAAGUUAUAAAGAUAAUGGGAAAUUAAAUCUCUUUGAAUUUAUAUUUUCUUUGGUCAAACUUGUUCAAAAAUUUUUACGCUUGUUUGGAUAAAAAGAUAGAACCUUUCUAAAUAAUUUCUGCAUCUCUUUUGUUCUGGAUCUCUUUCCACUUAAUCCGAAUCAAUAAUAGUUAAAGUAUCGAUAUUGAUCGAAAUAAAAACGAAUUUGGAAAUUGCGUAUCUCACAUUAAAAAAGCUCAAGACGAAGAUAUGUUCAAUAAAUAAAAAAUGUACUUCGCUCCGCUAAUGAAGCAAAUCGCCAAACAGAUUUUUCACAUAUAAUGUUGCUCAAGUUAGCAUUUUUGAUCGUUAACAUUGCUCAGAAUUAAAUGUGUAAAAGUGUAAAUAAUUCUUUUUUAUCCAUUAGCUAUCGCCUACGAAACAGAAUGCAUCAUAUAAAAUAUAAAUUAUAGAUGUAUAGCUUAUUAACUGUUUCGAUCGACGAUUUAUGCAAUAACGAUCGGCGCGCGCGUAAAAACUCUACCACGAACGAGCAUUGCUCCUGCAUCGAUUUUAACAUAAAAACAAAGGUUUUGGAAUUUGUAAUAAUUUAUCACCUGGUAUCGAUUGCAGCCGACACAUCCGCGGACGAUAUAAACGUGUGAAUACGAAUAAAAAUCUAUAUAACCGGGCUACGACCAGCAGCAACGAUGUAACCGACGACUAAGACGAGAAACUAAUUUAAUUAUGAUUUUCAAUAAAUGUAUACUUGAAA